AUGGAUGCUCCUCUUAAAUUCAUAUGCCUUCUUGGACUGCUUGUGCUCGUGAGCGUUGCUGGACAGACUGAUGCUGCUGGGGAAUGUGGAAAAGCUUCUCCAGACGAUGAAGCCAUGAAAUUGGCUCCUUGUGCAGCAGCAGCACAAGAUGAGAAAGCUGCUGUGUCAGCCAGUUGCUGCCUUCAGGUGAAGAGAAUAGGCCAGAACCCAAGCUGCCUUUGUGCUGUGAUGCUUUCAGACACUGCUAAGGCAUCUGGAAUUAAGCUUGAAAUUGCCAUUACCAUCCCCAAACGUUGCAACCUAGCCAACCGUCCAGUGGGUUACAAGUGUGGAGAAAAGGUUAAAGGCCAAACAUGGGAAGUUGGGGGUGAACUCAGAGCACAAACUAGAAAACUUCAAUCUAUAAACAAAGCAAUGAAAGUCCAUAAUAAUGCAGCCCAAACAAAUAUAUCUAGGAAGCAUGUUAUAUUCCGAACAAUAAGUAACUCAAUCCAAAUAAGACCCCAACUAACCAGGUAA